GCGGGGCCUUGGCACAGGUGAGCCAGUAUUUAGAGCAGGUGCUUCUCUCCUGUGAGUCAGUACUCAUCAACUCCACUUAGCGAGAGGACGCAGGACCGUGGAAUUAAAGGUCACACGGGAUCAGGGAAAAAGCCGGCAAGGAGCAAGUGAGCAUCAUUAGAGGAUGGCGUUCAACAAACUGACCUCAAGUGCUGCCUUGCUUUAUGAUAAGUGGCUUAAAGAAGCUGACCCAAGAGUUGAGGACUGGCCCCUUAUGUCCUCCCCGUUCCCGCAAACCUUGAUCAUCCUUUCCUACAUCUACUUUGUCACGACACUCGGACCUCGUCUGAUGGAGAACCGCAAACCUUUUGACCUCAAGCAACCUAUGAUCAUCUACAACUUUAGCAUAGUCGGAUUCUCGCUUUACAUGAUUUAUGAGUUUCUCAUGUCUGGCUGGGCCAAUGGAUACUCAUACCGGUGUGACCUUGUGGACUAUUCCAGCUCACCACUGGCUCUCAGGAUGGCAUGGACUUGCUGGCUGUACUACUUCUCCAAGUUCAUCGAGAUGUUGGAUACUGUUUUCUUUGUGCUGAGGAAAAAGAACAGCCAAGUCACUUUCCUCCAUGUGUACCAUCACUCAAUCAUGCCCUUCACAUGGUGGUUUGGAGUCAAGUUUGCUCCAGGUGGUCUGGGAACCUUCCAUGCCCUGCUGAACUGCUGUGUCCAUGUGGUCAUGUACACCUACUAUGCUCUGUCUGCUAUGGGCCCAGCCUAUCAGAAGUACCUCUGGUGGAAGAAGUACAUGACCACCAUUCAGCUGGUUCAGUUUGUGAUGGUGACCGUCCACAUCGGCCAGGUUUUCUUCAUGAAGGACUGCCAUUACCAGUUCCCAGUAUUCCUCUACGUCAUUGGCUUGUAUGGACUGAUAUUCCUGGUUCUUUUCCUCAAUUUUUACUACCAUGCAUACACCAAGGGCAAGAGGUUGCCCAAAGUCCUUCAGAAUGGAACACGCUUCCUAAACCGUGCAUGCAAGAAGACUGAAUAAGGACUUUGUACUCCAUCGUCACCCAUAAGUGAAGAUCCUGUAGCUUUUAAAUUUGCUUUAUUUUCCUUUAACCAUUUCAGAAACUUCACCCACUGUGUUUUAUGUUAAAACUUUGUGGAAUUCCACUUUCUCACUGAAUGAAUAUUGUCCAACUAGCACAUGUGGUUUUACACUGAAAAUGUGGAUCCAGGUUUGUCUUCACUCGGGUUCUGAAAUGUGUAUGGGGUACAAUAUAAUAAUUAUUUUUUAAUAUACCCUUCAUUUCUACAUUUUAAGCCCAGCUUUGGAAUAUGACCUAACUGCUGCUUUAACUGAAUACAUGGAUUGUGAGAGCGGCGGUACUUCUUUUUAAUGCUAUUGGUCUUUGAAAGGGCAGUGAAGGGUUUGCUUAUUACUUUGUAGGUUCAUUAAGCAAAUCUUGGACCCUUUCCCAAUGAAGAGUAUGAAGAACUACGCUCGAGUCCUAGGUUGAAUGUGGCAAAAGUGAGAGCUGGUGUUCAUUUUGUGAGUUUUGAGCUUUGUAAAAUUUUAUUUUCAGUGUUUACUGUUAACUUUCUUAAUAUGGAUUUGUUUUUCCUUUAAAAAAAAAAAAAAAGUCUGACUGAGGCAUUGGUGUUCUUCAAAGAAACAAAUGUGCCAGUGAUCUGUGGAGACUCAUUCUAUAUAUUAUUAUUUUUUUUUCCCCUCCAGUCCUUUAUGUAUUUAAGUAUUUUUGUAUUUCUUUACACUCUAUUUAUAUACUAAAGUUUUGUUAAAUGGAAAAAUUGUACCUUUUUAUUGAAAAUAAAUUAUUUGUCAAUAUGUUC